GAGCGGGCUCGGACCUGAAGGCUCUGCGCGGACUGGUGGAGAACGCUGCUCACCGUGAGUCUGUUAUCUUCGCGCCCGAGCCCUGCCCUCGCUAUCCUUCAUACCAUCCAGUUUUCUCGGUAGUUUCUCCAGGCGCCAUUUCUGUCUCUCGUGGGGUCUGCCUGAUUUCCAUAGAAGCAGAAGAUGCCUGCCAUGUCUCCCGGAUCCCCGGCGUGGGAGACUCACAGGCUCCUGAAGAAGCUGCUGUUGCUUGUGCUUGCCCCGACUUUCGCUCAGAGGGAGUGAACAGAGGCCAAAACGGCCGAGGGAUUGGCACGGGGCCUGUGGAGUGAUGGAUGGUAGAAACUGGGACUGGACUCCAGUUGGAUAUUCAGUUGUUGCCAUCAAUCAUAUUGUUGACUUUAAGGACAAGAAACAGGAGAUUGAAAAGCCAGUAGCAGUUUCUGAACUCUUCACAACUUUACCAAUUGUACAGGGAAAAUCAAGACCGAUUAAAAUUUUAACUAGAUUGACAAUUAUAGUUACAGAUCCGUCUCACUGUAAUGUUUUGAGAGCAACUUCUUCAAGGGUCCGGCUGUAUGAUAUUGUUGCAGUGUUUCCAAAGACAGAAAAACUUUUUCAUGUUGCUUGCACACAUUUAGAUGUGGAUUUAGUCUGUAUAACUGUAACCGAGAAAUUACCAUUUUACUUCAAAAGACCCCCUAUUAAUGUGGCAAUUGACCGGGGUCUGGGCUUUGAGCUUGUCUAUGGCCCUGCUAUCAGAGACGCCACGAUGAGAAGGUACACAAUUUCCAACGCCCUCAGUUUGAUGCAGAUCUGCAGAGGAAAGAAUGUAAUUCUGUCCAGUGCUGCAGAGAAGCCUUUGGAAAUAAGAGGACCGUAUGAUGUGGCAAACUUAGGGCUGCUGUUUGGGCUGUCUGAGAGCGAAGCCAAGGCUGCCGUGUCCACAAAUUGUCGAGCUGCGUUUCUCCAUGGAGAAACUAGGAAAACUGCUUUUGGAAUUAUUUCUACAGUGAAGAAACCCCGGCCAUCAGAAGUGGAUGAUGAUUCUCUUCCAGCUAGCAAGAAAGCUAAAUGUGAGGGGUGAUGAGGGCGUGGUCUCCAUCAGCCUCCUCCUCCCGUUACAGCUCUUCGCUCACAGUGGAAGUAAACUUGUGCUGAGUGGAUAUUUUCACUAAACUAGAACUAGCAGUCUAGAACACAGCAGACCAUAACAGUGGCAAAGAAAAUCCAGUGAGGCGUUUUCUAAAGACUGGCAGUUCAGUUCAUUUAGAUAUACUUUAAGAUAAAAAGCUUUUUUAUCCUUUUUGUGAAUAAUAAACCAUAGUAAGUAUACCAAAGUAAGAUGUUUCAGUAUUUUAAGAUAUUGAAGAUAAAUAAACUAAUGUUUUUCUACUUGA